AUGACCCACUCCUGCUGCUCCCCUUGUUGCCAGCCCAGCUGCUGCACAACCGUCUGCUCCCAGCCCACCUGCUGCACAACCACCUACUGCCAGCCCACCUGCUCUGGGUCCUGCUGCUACCAGCCUUGCCGCCGCCCAACUUGUCAAACCACCUGCUGUACCACCAGCUGCCAACCAAUUUGUCAGACCAGCUGCUGCCGUCCUUCCUGUUGCAGCACACCCUGCUGCCAGCCCACCUGCUCUGUGUCCAGCUGUGCUGGCCAAACCAGCUGUGGGUCCAGCUGCGGCCAGCCUUGCUGCCGCCCUAGUUGCUGCUCCACACCCUGCUGCCAGCCAGCUUGCUCUGGCCCCGUGUACUGUCGGAGAACCUGCUACCGCCCAACAUGUGUCUGCCUGACUAGUGGCCUACCCCAGAGCUUUGGAUCCAGCUGCUGCCAGCCCUGCUGCCAACCAAAUUGCUGCCGCCCAUCCUGCUGCAUGUCUGGCUCCUGCCAGCCCUGCUAUCACCCAACCUGCUGUCAGACCACCAGCUUCCAUCCUUGCUGUGUCACCAACUGCUGUCAACCUUCCUGCUGCUGA